AUGGGCAUCUCACGUGAUUCAAGACACAAGCGUAGAAAGACAGGAGGGCGUAUGCCAAUUCACAAGAAAAAGAGAGCUUUCGAAAAAGCAAGACAGCCAGCAAUGACAAAAUUGGGUGCUAAACGUAUUCACCUUGUCCGUGGCCGUGGAGGAAAUUCCAAAUACAGAGCCUUACGCUUAGAUGCUGGUAACUAUUCUUGGGCAAGUCAAAAUGUUACCAUAAAAACACGUAUUCUCUGGGUCGUUUACAACGCUACAAACAAUGAACUUGUCAGGACCAAUACAAUCACCAAAAACACCAUUUUAGAAGUCGAUGCCACACCAUUCAAAGCUUUCUUCUAUAAGACUUAUGGCCAAGACUUAGGAAAAGUCAAAAAAGAAGAAACUGCGACUAGAUCAGCGAAAGCUCAAGAAAAAUGGGAAAAAAUACAAAAAGAGUGGGAAGAGAAUGCUAAAGAAAAGAGAAUUGAUCCUAUAUUAGAAAAUGACUUCAAAACUGGAAGACUUUUGGCCUGUGUCACUUCAAGGCCUGGACAGAGUGGAAGAGCUGAUGGAUACAUACUUGAGGGAGAAGAAUUAGAGUUCUAUAAGAAGAAGCUUGAAAAGAAAAAGACUAAAUCUCUAUUGGCUAGCAAUUUUUAAAUAACAAAAAUUAAUUUUUAUAUUAAAUUUAUAUGCUGUUUUUAUAUUUUUAUUUGGAUGAGAUCUAUAUAUUUUAGAGCACAAUUUGUAUAAAUUUUAAUUAUUAUAAUAAAUUAAAUAUAAUUUAUGUAUAUUAAAAAAUGUUUUAUUCUUAUAAACGGAAGUUAAUUUUUCUUAAAAUAGGGAUUUGCUAGCUAUCUAAUUCACCCCCUUCCGUGAGUGAACAAAAAAAUUUUGUUCACUCACGGAGGGGGUUAAUUUUUUUUUUUUAAAAAAAUUUAAAUAUAAAUUUUAUAAAUAAUUUUUUUUUCGAAUUUUAAAAAAAUCCUAAUUUGCAAAAAUUGGAAAGCAAAUAUUAAUUUAAUUUAUAAAAUUUAUUUUUAAAAAGCAAUUUGUUUAAAAUUAAAACAGAAUUAGCUCGAGAUUUCAUUAUGGUAGUUGCCACUUAUAUAUCAAAAUUCUUUCCAUAAAAACUUUUUCUAUUAAAAAAAUUUUUAUUCACUCACGGAGGGUGGGUUUUUGGGCAAAAAGUAGCGAUUUUUCUAAUGGUUUUGUUCACUCACGGAGAGGGGGAGUAAGAGGAAAAGUAAAUAA